AUGCAGAUUUUCGUUAAGACACUCACAGGCAAGCACAUCACACUCGAGGUCGAGCCAACAGACAGAAUUGAAGAUGUCAAGGCCAAGAUCCAGGACAAGGAAGGUAUCCCACCAGACCAGCAGCGUUUGAUCUUCGCCGGUAAGCAGCUCGAAGAUGGCAACACACUUCAGGACUACUCCAUCCAAAAGGACUCUACACUCCACCUCGUUCUUCGUCUUCGUGGUGGUAUGCAGAUUUUCGUCAAGACCCUUACAGGCAAGCACAUCACACUCGAGGUCGAGCCAACAGACCGUAUCGAGGACGUCAAGGCCAAGAUCCAGGACAAGGAAGGUAUCCCACCAGAUCAGCAGCGUUUGAUCUUCGCCGGUAAGCAGCUCGAAGAUGGCAACACACUUCAGGACUACUCCAUCCAAAAGGACUCUACACUCCACCUCGUUCUUCGUCUUCGUGGUGGUAUGCAGAUUUUCGUCAAGACCCUUACAGGCAAGCACAUCACACUCGAGGUCGAGCCAACAGACAGAAUUGAAGAUGUCAAGGCCAAGAUCCAGGACAAGGAAGGUAUCCCACCAGAUCAGCAGCGUUUGAUCUUCGCCGGUAAGCAGCUCGAAGAUGGCAACACACUUCAGGACUACUCCAUCCAAAAGGACUCUACACUCCACCUCGUUCUCCGCCUUCGUGGUGGCUUCUAA